GUCGGUAUGAACAGACCUGUGACAAACUUGUAGAUGUUCCAUCAUGGUGCAGUUUUUGACACUGUGUCAGGAACCUCCAGCAAGCCUGAGAUAUCAAAUAGAUCAUGGUGCAGUGAUGCGUUAGUGCUGCUUCAAAUUGCCGGUCUUCACCAUCGUCUUGUUCAUCAUCAUCAUCAUCAUCAUCAUCAUCAUCAUCAUCUUCUUCUUCUCUUAAUGUUUCUUCUCCAAAGAACACAGUUGUAUAGAAGGUAUCUGUACAAAGUACAAAGUGUCCUCCAUGAAGACAUGAUUGUUGGUGGACUGGAAGAUCUUCUGCACAGAAAUACUGUAGUUCUGACCUCCUCAAACCCUAUCGAACGUUUUAUUUAGGAUGAAACUGGAUGAACCUGCAGACCUCCUCAACAGCUCGCUGAUGCUCCACAAAAAGCACAAAGAUCGUUAAUAAUUUAGGUUUUCAUGGUGUGGUCGAAAGUUUGCGGACACCCGAGAAUACGGUUAAGUGCUGUCUGAACGCUGUCUUCCAACCUGUUUGUUCCUGGAGCUGGCUUUGUAUGCAGGAGCUUUGUCACAUCUGGAACAGGAGAUCCUGCCCUCGUAUGCAGAGGAGGAGAUAAUCCGAUGAGGAACCUGCAGCAUCACAACAAGACCCGUCCACUCUGUGACUAAUCUGUUGCUCCGAAGCAUCUUCUGUCAUCAUGGCCAAGAGCCCCGAGGUGAAAGUGGCUGUUUUUGGAAGAGCUGGAGUCGGGAAAUCAGCGUUGGUGGUGAGGCUCCUGACCAACCGCUUCAUCUGGGAGUAUGACCCCACGCUGGAGUCUACAUACAGACACCAAGCGAGUAUUGAUGAUGAGAUGGUCAGCAUGGAGAUUCUGGACACAGCAGGCCAGGAAGACUUGCUGCAAAAGGAAGGCCACAUGCGUUGGGGUGAUGGAUUCGUUCUGGUCUAUGACAUCACCGACCGCAGGAGUUUCGAAGACAUGGCUCCGUUGCGCAGCCUCCUGGAGGAAGUGCGGAAGCCGCGGCAUGUGCCUCUGGUGCUUGUGGGCAACAAGGCUGACCUGGAGCACGCUCGCCAAGUGGCCACAGAGGAGGGCGAACGUCUGGCCGCCGACAUGGCGUGCGCCUUCUACGAGUGCUCUGCGUGCGCGGGGACCGCAGGGGCUGCGGGGAGCGCCGGCACCGUGGCCGAGGCCUUCCACGAGCUGUGUCGCGAGGUCCGCCGUCGCCGCGCAGUCCAAGGAAAGAGCAGGCGCCGGAGCUCCACCACUCAUGUCAAACAAGCCAUCAACAAGAUGCUCACCAAGAUCAGCAGCUAGAGAGAAAGGUCUUGGGGGGAACAUUUUUUGUUGCUUCUGGAGGGACACAAAAAAACCCUUUUGAACCCGUAUACACUGAAUACACAGAACCAAACAAAAAUACAAGGAGCACAAAACAAUGAAAAAACAAGCCGAGAUCUUUCCAUAGUGUCUACUCCGUAGCGCGUACUGUACAGGAACGUGUUUCUCCUUCUCCGAGGCCAUCACAUGUAUAUUUCUCCCUCAGGCUAUAACGAUUCAGCGGGUUAUCAGAGCGACAAACUCCUCCUCAGCCCACAUUUUUCAUCCGCUGACCCUUUUAGAGACGGUUAUCGAAUAAAUCAUCGUCCGGCUUCUCGUAGUGACACUUUUGUUUUCAGAAAUAUUCCCUAAUCCUCCUCUCCGACGUCUCAGAACAUGUUUAUUCUCAAGAUUAUAUCUUUUUUUUUCCCUCUCUGGAACGGAUAGACCUUGAAGCAGUCAGUAUUUCCCUUUUUUUUCUUCCCAAGAACCUCCUUCAAAGGUCCUUUCAGUUCUUAUCGCGUUCAUGUUGCAACCCACAUGGACUCGUUUAUCCGUUUCGCUUCUCUCUCUACGCCUUUUCUUUGUUCAUUCAUUCGAUUAUUUAUAAGGGAGGACCUUUAACCUUUAAUUGUGUUUAAUGUACAGUUUACUGAAUGAAUGCCUUAAUAUCUCCAACCAUAACGUGUACAGUGUUUCCCCGUUACAGCCGAAGUAGCCAUGGUUACGUGCUAGCAUGAUUCCGGCCGGGGUUUUGUAAUUAUAAAGGUGAUGUAAUCUGGCGAGCGGUGUGAGACGGCCCAGCUUGCCGUCUCUAUUUUAAAUAAAGUCGAGCGAUGGAUAUUAAUGUUCGGAAA